CGACACCCCGCUCACAGUAAGGUUUUUUUGGGUCAGAAGCUUAAGUCAUGCCUCAUCGGAUCGUCGUAACCCAACCCAGGCCCUUCAUCAAGACCAGUGCAUCCAACCAAUGGACCUCUGGCAUCUGUGAUUGCUUCCAAGACCUGCCGCAGUGCUGCCUCGCCUUUUGGUGUCUUCCCUGCUUCGCCUGUAAGACAGCACGUGAGGCCGGGGAGUGUCUAUGCCUACCUCUGCUGGACUUUUGUGGACUCAUCCCUCCUGUGGCCACAGCCCUCAGGGUGUCAGUACGCCAACGCUAUGGCAUUGAGGGUACAGUUUUCAGGGACUGUGUGUACUCCUUGUUCUGCUGGCCUUGCACCUGGUGUCAAAUAGCAAGGGAGAUCAAAACAAGGACGAAUCCCAUCACCGCCGCCUAAUGAGAACAAUGUGGGGGGGGGGGAGUUACUGACAUUACACACAGAUUUCACACUGAAAUCUUUCAAAUGAAAUAAGGGAUUUUUUUAACUUUUACUUGUUUUCAAGCUGUUUGUUGUAUCAUAUGUUCCUUUUGGAUGAAUUGAUUGCUUUGCCUUUGUCUUGGUUGUUAUUCUUUAGAAGUAUGUAUAUGUUUUUAAAUGGGCUCAUUUUUCAAAAGACAAACAUGUCCACCAGACUGAAAUGCAAAGUUCUCUUCAUAAGAUAUAAUGUGCAGUUCUGGAUGUUCAGCCAUGCUAGUGGGUCUAGGGGUGACAAUGUUGAACUCUCAUUCAGUCUCCCACUUUGCUCCAGACAGAGAGUUCUCAACAAGUCAAUGGAAAUGUGGUAAUGAAUUUCAUGGUCCCCAGAGGAUGGAUCCUUCUGACUUUCUAGCGCCACCACAAGGUUGACUUUUAUUUAAUCCUACAGUUUUGACCAAAUACCUGCAAAACAAAUAGCUUUCCCAUCAGCCUCAGCUGCAGGCCUACGUUGUGUUAACAUGCAACAAAUGGGAACAUGGUAAAAAAAUAAUAAUAAUCAGCCUGUUAGCAUUGAUGUUAGCGUUAAGCUCAAAGCAGCGAUGGGGCAAAGUGCUAACAUGGCUUCCCUGCUCAUUAUAGAGGUGUGUGAAGAUCACUUUACCUGUUACCGGUUAUAUUGUAUUACUAACUAUUAGAAUAUACUGCAAUGAAUGCUUUAGAUGAGUUUGCGAUGAAACAUACAAAGUCCCUGAAUCUUUCAUUCUGUUCCUAGUAUUUUUAUGACAGAAAUUAUUGGACAACAGUGCAAUAAA